AUGUUUAUUUUAUGAUGGUGAUAAAACUAAUCUUGGAGAACUGAGAAACUUUAAUAUGCUUAAGAAUAUGUAUAAAAACUUUGCUAGAAGUGGAUUUAAAAAAAGCUCUAUGCAUCUCUAUAAGAAUGUUAUACAUCCAUGUCUCCUGGUUGAGUCUGAAGAGAUGUAUGUGCUUGAUGUCAUCCCUCCUCCAGAACUUCAUUUAAUGAUAAAGAUUAUAACAGAAAUUUCAAAUGUCUUCUGUAAGGAACCUGAUAUUGCUCUUUGGUUAAAAAAACAUGGCAUUAUUUGGCAUGUGUAUAAUGGAGGUGAACUGGAUGGUAGAAAUGCUAACAAAAUACGGAAGCUUUUGCCAGAUUUGGAAAAAUUUAUCUCAGAUAACUUUUUUUCUUACCAUCCAGUUAUUGAACUGUUAAAGUCUCUGCUAAAGUUUCUACAGUAGUAAACAUGUGUUUCGGAAUGAAACUCCAUGACGGUUAUGCUGAUGCCAUUGCAACAUAUAUAAGGAAGUUAAAGGUAA